CAGUGGGCACCUUUUCAGAGCUACUGCGUGCGGGCUGGAAGGCUGCUUGGUGUCGAAUUGGGGCGAUCUGGAAGCGAGGAGCCUUUGGGCCGUGGCUCGCCGGGGGUUCGGAGACCCCUACAGGGGCCGACUCCAAUCACGGCCCCACCCCCACAGCCUCGGCUGCAGUGUGACAGUUGAUACCUUCGGGCCAGAUCGCAGCCGGCCAGGCGCCCACUGUUUCGGGAUCCCCCACUGUGGCCCCUCGAUGCCCCCCGACGACAAAACAGUGUGAAGACAGCAUGUAUGAUCCCUGAAUGGGCCUGUGGGCAUAUUUAGUCAUUCAUUUUUGAUCAGGAGAAAGAAGACGGCCAUCACUUGAAAGGUUGGAAGGAAGACUGAUGAAGAAAAAUAACAGCAUGAUUCAGGCACACCAUUGAGUUCUUUGGGAUGCCCAAAAGUGUCUGGUUGGGAAACAUGAAAUAGAAGACAAGACCCUGCCUCAGCAAGUAUACUCAAGAAUACUUUUAAAGAAACCUAUCAAUACAUGCAAAACAGUAGCUGUUGGAGGUAAUGGAACUGUACUGGAACAAUGGGAAAAGCUGGUAGCUUAUAGGAAGCCAAGAUGACAAGAAUGGUUUUAAAUAAUCCAAGGAAGAAUCCUGCUCAAAAAUGAGGUGAAUUAAUGCUCAGGUGCUCGGGAACCCUGGACAGCUACAUGAGGUGUUUAAAAACUGCCCUGACCAUCUUGCCAAACAAGUCUCUGCUCAUGAAGCCCCACAGGAUGAACGAGCCAAGGCAGGUCAGUGUCCUGCCCUAUUGGAACAGUGACUGCUGACCUGCCAAGAGUGAGCUGGGGUCUGCCUGCUGUCUGUCAGUACAAUGACGGAAGUGGUUUACUGGUCACCCAAGAAGGUGGCAGACUGGCUGCUGGAGAAUGCUAUGCCAGAAUACUGUGAGCCUCUGGAGCAUUUCACAGGCCAGGACUUGAUCGACCUAACCCAAGAGGAUUUCAAAAAAGCCCCCUUGUGCCGAGUCUCCUCUGACAACGGGCAGCGGCUCUUGGACAUGAUAGAAACUCUGAAAAUGGAGCACCAUUUGGAAGCACACAAGAACGGCCACGCCAAUGGGCACCUCAACAUUGGUGUAGACAUCCCCACCCCCGAUGGCAGCUUCAGCAUCAAGAUUAAACCCAAUGGGAUGCCAAAUGGGUAUAGGAAAGAGAUGAUAAAAAUCCCCAUGCCAGAACUGGAGCGCUCCCAGUACCCCAUGGAGUGGGGCAAGACUUUUCUGGCCUUUCUUUACGCACUUUCCUGUUUUGUUCUCACCACAGUGAUGAUCUCGGUCGUCCAUGAACGAGUACCUCCUAAGGAGGUGCAGCCUCCACUACCGGACACGUUUUUUGACCAUUUUAACCGGGUGCAGUGGGCCUUUUCUAUUUGUGAAAUUAAUGGCAUGAUCCUUGUAGGACUCUGGUUAAUUCAAUGGCUGCUCUUAAAAUACAAGUCUAUUAUUAGCAGAAGAUUUUUCUGCAUAGUUGGCACGCUGUACCUGUAUCGGUGUAUUACAAUGUAUGUAACUACACUCCCAGUACCCGGCAUGCAUUUCAACUGUUCUCCGAAGCUUUUUGGAGACUGGGAAGCCCAGCUGCGGAGAAUAAUGAAACUCAUUGCUGGAGGUGGCUUGUCUAUCACUGGCUCUCACAACAUGUGUGGGGACUAUCUGUACAGCGGGCACACGGUCAUGCUAACACUCACCUACUUAUUUAUCAAAGAGUAUUCCCCUCGACGUCUCUGGUGGUAUCACUGGAUUUGCUGGCUUCUCAGCGUAGUUGGAAUCUUCUGUAUUCUCUUAGCGCAUGACCACUACACUGUGGACGUGGUGGUGGCAUAUUACAUCACCACAAGACUCUUCUGGUGGUAUCACACUAUGGCCAAUCAGCAAGUGCUAAAGGAAGCUUCCCAGAUGAACCUCCUGGCCAGGGUGUGGUGGUACAGGCCAUUUCAGUACUUUGAAAAGAAUGUCCAAGGAAUUGUACCUCGAUCUUACCAUUGGCCUUUUCCCUGGCCAGUAGUCCACCUCAGUAGGCAAGUUAAAUACAGCCGGUUGGUGAAUGACACAUAACAGCUGUACAAAGUGGGGAAAAGACAAAUUGUCCGAAGUGCUAAGAACUCCAUGAGAGAAGAUGCCAUAAAAUAAACACCUCCCUAAUCCUAUUAUCUUUCAAUGGUUACCUAGACUUAACCUAUUGAGUUACCUGGUCAGCACUGUGAUCUUUUUUUCUCUCCAAAGGACCUGCGUUGGACAACAAUAAAGAAAAAUUUAACCUAUCAUGCACUGUACACAUUUCCUGUUCAUAAGUUUGGGAUUUACAUAACCCGCAACCACCAUGUUCCUUUGUAUAUGAUGCAACAGCAUAAAUGUAAGCUUUUAUAUCAUAAGUUCUGGUCUUUCCAGUCACAUCUGGAAAUAAAGCAUAUUAUUUUCUUGGGAAAACAUACUUUUCAUAUCUCUUGCCCCAAAGAUUGGGCUGUAAGCCAUUUUCUAGCAUAUGUCUCUAUGAAGGUUUCUAAGUACCUGAAUGGGGUUUGAUUCUGAAAUCUUUCUAUCUGUUGCACCGAUAUUCAAAUAAAAAUGAUAGACACAGAAAGGUUUGGUAACUUUGGGUUUUGUAAAAUCACAAAGACAGUGUUUCAAAAAGUGCAAAAAAAAAAAAAGAUUCUGUUAUAAAGUGAUUUUCUAAGUAUUUCCUAACUUUAUUUUUCAAAAUGAUGUUAUGAAAACCAAAUUUAAAGAUUUUUAACAUGUCAGAGAGAAGAGAGUUAAAAUUUAAAAAUGCAUCUUGGGAGAGAAAUUUGUCUAUGUUUCUAGUGCCUUUCUUGUCUUGAUUGUAUGGUCAGUAGGCAAUCUUAAAUGUUUUUAUUUAAAAUAAAGUAUUCCAUGAAAAUAUAAAUGUAUGUAUACACUACUAAAUUUUGCAUUUAUAGCUAAAUUAAAUCAGAUGACUGCUUAUGGUUUUAAAAUUGAAAUGACUUAAAUAAUGAGGUUGUUAAUUAGAAUCAGAGCCUGUUCACAUAUUGUGAUCAGGUAGAAUGACAUGUACCAUUUAAAUUAUUUUACCGUCUAUUUGGUAGUUUGAUUUUAACUACUCAAUGAAAACAGCCAUGAAUAUCUUUUCUUUAAAGAGAGUUUUGAAAAUGAUCACUUACCUAAAACUUGAAAGCUAUGAAUUAAUUAUCCAUACUCUCAUGACAGUUUUGUUGGUGAACAACAAAUAAAGAGACCUAUUUCUUUAAAAGAUAUUUGUGCAGAAACUGCAUGUAACUCUAAGUUUUACUCCUAACAUACGUAUGUUUGGGGAAGUAUUCUAUUCUAUACUUGCCAAUGUGGAGAACAAAAUAGUUUUUUAAGAAUGAAGAAGUAUAUAUAUAUAUCCAUUCUGUAUUUUACGUGCAGCAGAAUUAUCUUCCGUAGGAUUUUUUUGUGUAUUCACAAGGUGAUAUUUGUAUUGUAAAACAAUAAUGGUGAAGGAAAUAAAAAGGCUUUUAAAUUUUUGUUUGUUUUAAAUCUUUGUAAAGUUAUUAUUCCAGAGAGUAUACUGGUAUCUUACAGCUUACCUAGACCAUAAAUUAAUCAAAAUGCACUUUUUAAUAAAAACUGAUACUUAAAAUAAA